AUGGCUCCAGGAAGUGAUGCUUCAGAGCGAUCGACGCGAUCAGCCCGAGGAACUCCAGCCGCGGCAGCUGCGGCGGCAGCUCCAGCGCCAGUUCCAGCUCCAGAGGCAGCUGCGGCCCCGGCUCCAACAAAAAAGACCAAGGCAAGACAAGUGCCCAAGAAUCCGAAAAGUUUAAGCUGGAGAUCAGGCAUUCCUACCGCCUGGGAUCCAGAGGUAGAAGAUUCAACAGAGGUUGGAUUUCCAAACACACAGGUUCAGUGCUACCGCAAUGCAACGCUUCAAUUGCUUUUGCAUGCGCCGGUACUUUGCAAUUGGCUCAACUGGUACAAGAAGCACCAUGCGCCUCAACGACCCUGCAAGCGCGGCGAAAAGGGCAAAGAAUGCAAAGUGUGCCAAUUCCAGACACUCUGUGCUACCUACUGGGACGCAGGCGCCGGUGAUUGGAAGGCUGCACUCAACAAGAUCUCCGAUUCGGUAUAUGCAAAAUGGAGAAAAGACGCCGAGGAUGAGCAAUCAGACCUUGGGGAGUACCUUGAGCAGAUUGUCGAGCAGCUCAUUGAGGACACGAAGCCAAUGUUCCGAUGUGAUAUCGAUAAUGCGCUCAAGGUGGAGAUAUUUGAUCUGAAGCAAUGCAUAGGCGACAAAGGAUGUAAUCCCAGGUUCACACCAAGAAAGGAGGUCUUCUUGAGGCUCGAGUGGCCAGACAAGCCCGGAAAGUCCACAACAAUCAUGCAAAUGAUGGACAAGAUGUUUACCAAAGAGGACAAAACUCGAGGUAAAUGCGGCGAAUGCGGAAAUCCCACCAGUUGGACAGAACGAUUGGGGCAUCCCCCGGACCUUCUCCUCGUCUCAGUCAAUCGUCUCGACAUGCUAAGUAAAAAGAUCCAUGAUCAGAUCAAAAUAAUGGAAAAGAUCGCUCUAUCGGGCACUUACUUUGAUGAACGCGCAGCGACUAAAGAGAAAGCCAACCAAUCCAUCAAAUAUGAAUUGACUGCCGUGGUUCUGCACGAAGAAGCGGAGGCUGGCGGUGGUGGGCACUACACCAUCGCCGUCAAGGGUCGUGGAGGUACCUGGAAGCUUUUGAAUGAUACCAAAAUCACAGACAUUGACUUUGGUAAGCUCAAAAGCAAAGAAUACAGCCAGAACGCCCACAUCUUUAGCUAUCGCCGUUUUCCCACUUAUGACGACGCUGUCGAGAAGGACAGUGAUUUGGCAAUGAGAGAUUCCUCUGAAGAACCCAUCACAGAGUCAGCGAGGAGUGUCGCGGUUUCUUUCAAUCAAGGUUCUUCUGGCUCAGCUGAUGAUAGAUCGGGGCAGUCUCAAGGUAUGAAGGAACUAGUCGCUUCAAUAGCGAAGAGUAUGGUGCCAGCGAUCUAUAAGGUGAUCAAAGAUUCGGAGGCGAAGGAGAAAGAAAAGGAGAAGGAGAAGGAAACAGAAAAGGGAAAGGGAACGAAGGAGAAGAGCACAGAGGCAGCAGAUGAGCCAGAUGAACCAGAUGGCGAUGGAUCGGAUGGUAUACCAAACCCAUUGGACUUCGAUAGGGGUCGUGGGACACUCAGGAUCACUGUAAGCGGCGAAAAAGAAGGUGAUCCAGACAGAUUAGAUAUCUUUGUCAGAGGUUUGGUGCAUAACAAGAUUGAAGAAGACAAAAGAGUGGCAGAAAAGAAGGAAGCAGCAAAGAAGCCGCCGAAGAGCCAGAAAAGACAGAGGGCUGCGACUGGAGGCAGAGCGAAGGCCAAAUUCCCAAGAGUUGGAAAGGGCAAAGGGAAGGGAAAGAGUAAAGAACCAGUGUCAAAUUCGGAGUCAGAGCUAUCAGAAGCACUCAGUUUAUCCGGUGGGAACCAGGGAGAGAAGGACGAGGAAUAUCAAGCAUAG